AUGGACCAGACCCCCGCCUACGAUCUGGACCCGAUGUGUAGCUCCCAACACACUAGCGCUAUCGCGGCGCUACGCCUGCUACGGAGCUACAACCACUUCGUAGUACCCCCUGAUUCCCAUCCGAUGGUACCACUGCUCGCGGCGUUACCGUCACCGUCCUGCCUACCACAAUACUGCCAGCACAUCCUGCCGGUGAGACCACCACUUACCAACACCCAAGUGCCGGUAUGCGACAACGAUCGUCGUAGAGGCGAGAAACGUCCCAUACCAGCCGAAUUGAAAGACGAAAAAUAUUUCGAGAGACGGCGUCGUAACAACCAGGCCGCUAAGAAGUCCAGAGACGCUAGGCGAAUGCGUGAGGAUCAGGUAUCAGUUAAAUCUAGAUUUAUUGCCUGGCGAGCGUGUCUAUUAGAACAAGAAAAUGCAUCACUACGAGCACAUAUAACCGCUUUAAGACAAGAAGCGAUGGCCUUACGCGCUUUAUUAGCUGCAAGGGAUGAAGCGCCCAUGCCAUCUUCCACUACGGAUUAA